UUUUAUCUUGGAUCGAAAAUGUUGUUGAUUGAAAAUGUGUAUUUUCAUAUUCAAUUAUAAUUAAUCGUUUCUAAAAUAUAUGUAUGUUAGAUAAAUAUGUCAAAUUAAUGCAUGUACUAGAAAACAUACUAAUGAAUUUUUCUUCAUGUUUUCAAAUCAAUUUCUUAGUAAAUUGUAAAAAAUAUACCAUUGAACUAAAUUAGUUAACUUUGAGGUUUUGUGGGAACUUUUAGGUUUUGUGACAAUAAUGUCGCAUGGCGUUUUUAGCGAAAUCGUUUCUAUUGGUAUCCCCUUACUAUUCUUGUGAUAUAGUGAUGAUUCAUAAUAAUUCAGUGAGUCGAUAAGUAUUUCGUUUUAAAUUUUUUGUUGAAUUACAAAAAGAUUAUAUUUCGAAUUUUUCAAUUUCCUGAUGUAUCUCCAAAAGUCUUGUCUUAUGGAAACCCUAUGAUAAUAGAGAUUACGUAAUCCAGACGACGUGGAGUUAUUUGUUAUGAUAAAGAACUUAAUAUUUUUGUAUGCAAGAUCUAUUUUGGACUGUGACCCAUUCGUGUCUCUUGGAAAUAUAAUGUGACUUUGUGAAACAUCCGAUAAUAUUUUAUAAUAUGAUGUAUUAAAAUACUUUGCUUAAUGUUCAUAAAUCAUAUGGUAUGUACUAAGAAAAUCCUUUAUAUAAUAUAUUUAGAAGUUUAGUUUAUUUUAGAAGUUAGAAUCAUUAUUAAUUAUGGAAUUUGUAUAUGUAUUAUAAAAUUACGCACGCCAUCUUUAAAAGCAGAUAUUAUUUAUGAUAGUUUAAUAUUAUUUAUUAUUAUUAAUAGAUAUUCAAGAACGUUAUAAUAGUAAAUAAGCCACAUAUUUAUCUAUUCUUAUUUUUAUUUAUCACGAUAUUUUAGUGAUAAUAAUACCUCGGUAUUAUAUCUCGAGAAAUAUAGCAUUAUCAAAAUUAAGAAUUCAAAAUAGUAUUUAAGUAUUCCAAAAACUAUAUUUACUAUCUUAUGAAAGGUCAAUGUAAAAUUACAAUAUUUCGAGACUCCCAAGUUAGUAUACGAUUACGAACAAAAUAAAUUAUUUUCCCUAAACGUGACUUAGCUAAAAGUUUAAACGUAGUUGUUUGUUCUCCUAACAUUUCCCGCUUCAACUCAAAGGAUGUUUGAACUUUGCUAUUGCUAUUGAACUAAGCGACGCGACACUUGGAACUCAGUUGUGCUUUUUUAGAGCUCCGUACCCAAGGGCUAAAAACGGGAUCCUAUUGUGGAGACUCCGCUGUCUGUUCGUCUGUCAUCAGAUGUGUAUUAUGAACCGCGAUAGCUAUUUUGUUUGGAAUUUACACAGAUUGCAGAGGUUUGUUUCUGCUAUAUAAACAGAAUAAGAUUUAUUAAACAAAUUUAAGGGAAGGUCCCAUACAAAAAAAGUGACUUUUUUGGUACGGAACCCUUCGUGCUCUAGUCCGUCUCGCACUUGACCGGUUUUUUUGAUUAAUUGUUAUGCUACCUUUGCUUCUUAUCAAUUUCAACCGGUUUUAUUUUAAGAGCAACAUUAUGUUAGGCUAAUUUCACGCCUAAAUUUUAUUAUUUAAUACUUAUAAUGAUUCAUAGAUGUUUGAUUAGGAAACCGCCUUGGUUUUAUAAUAAUUUGAAGUAGGUUUCAAAUGAUUGAACUUCUAUGCUAAGACAGCGCUAUUCUCGACGUUCAGUUCGAGGCUGUUAUUAUAACAGUACAGCACUACAGAUCUUUUCAUUCGCCUCUAGUAUCCGUAAUUCCCCACGUUAUAGGCGGGAAAAUUGACCUCAAAAUAAUUUGCGUUAUUUACGCUGAUCCGUAGACUUACUCUUGAACGCAAUCUCAAUGUUACUUGCAAUGCAAUCCAAUAACGAGAGCUCCAUACUCUUGAAACAUAGACGCAAUGCUUACUCAAUGUCAAUUAGUUCAUUCAAUAAUCACCCAAUAUUGAGUCUUUUGGCGCUAGUGUACCAAAUCAAGGGUACGAGCAUGGUGCUUAGAUUUCAAAGCGAGAUAAUAAAAUAUUUGACUCAAACUGUACAGCAGAUGUGGUAUGCGUCAUCUAAAUCUAAUAAAUGGUCUCAUUUGCAGACGUAGCGGCUAUGAUUCUGAGACGAGCGACUAUUCAGAGGACUCGAAUGCGUAUGAGGAUGUGCCGACUUCAACCAAAAGUUCUGGGUCGCGGAAGAAUAUCAAUAGAGGCAGAUGGACGAAGGAAGAGGAUAAACUGUUAAAAACAUACGUGAAAGUUUAUAAUAAGAAUUGGGAGGUGAUAGCUACGCAGUUCACGGACAGAUCCGAUUAUCAAUGUCAUCAAAGAUGGACUAAAGUCCUCAACCCUGAACUAGUCAAAGGUCCUUGGACCAAGGAGGAAGAUGAGAAGGUUAUAGAGUUGGUAAAUAAGUAUGGACCAAAAAAAUGGACGCUCAUAGCAAAACAUCUCAAAGGCAGGAUAGGAAAACAAUGCAGAGAACGAUGGCACAAUCAUCUGAACCCAUCAAUAAAAAAGACUGCUUGGACGGAACACGAAGACAGAAUAAUAUAUCAAGCCCACAAACAGCUCGGGAACCAGUGGGCUAGGAUUGCUAAGCUAUUGCCAGGCCGGACCGACAAUGCUAUCAAGAACCACUGGAACUCUACGAUGCGUCGAAAGUAUGAAUCGGACGCGGAUUUGUUUGACAAUCUUCGACGGAAACGAAUACGAAAAGAACAGUCUAGUUCGCCCAACAAACUGAUCCUAAUUGGAAAUAAUGAUGUUAGUACAUACAAAUUUUUGUGCAUGUAUUUUAUGAUGUAUUGUGUGGUCUUAAUAUGUGAUUAUUCUAUUACAUGUAAUGCGUGGUUCAGAUAACUAUUUAAAAUUUGUUGAGAUCCUAGAAAAAGUACUUACAAAGGGAAGAGGGCGAUAAAUGAUAAAAAAUGUCUAAUGGAAUAAAUAAUGGCGUUUAAAUACAGUUGAGGCAAAAUCUUGCAAAAUUUUGCUAACUACGUAAUUAAAUCUAAUUUAAACCAUAGCAAGGUACAUUAUCUGAUGGGGGAUUGUAAUCAAGUAAUAAUUUUUUAUUAUCUUUUCUUUGUUAGUUGAUAAAGCUAACUGCCUCUUCGCCCAUAGAUAAUAAGAUUUACCACACCCUGGGGUUGAUUUCUUAAAAUCCUUUGUUUGCGAACCUUAUACUAACUGUUAUAGUGCCUAAAUUUUGGCUUGAUACAUCCAGUAUUUUUAGCUGUGUGUUCAUAUAUCAGUCAGUUUCUUUUAUCUUUUUAAUAAAUAUUAAGUACUUAUGUCAAGAAAUGGUUAAAAGGUUUCACUUGAAAGAGCUUUACUAGUAAAAUAUAACAUACUAUGAAACAAAUACUAUUGCAACAUAGAAUAUUUUUUUUCUUACAAUAAAAAUGUUAGAUAUUGGAAAAGAGUGUUAAUAUUAAUUUAAUUCAAAAUUCCACAGUCAUGGAACGACCCAUUCAACGAAUCCGUACAAAGCAACUCGUCCAACACCAGUCAGCCGCCGUCCAAGCAAGUUUUACACUUCAGGAGACUAUUGAAAGAUCAAUUAACCAGCGUACAAGUGCAACAGAUGAGACAACAACAGGAGCAAAUUAGACAGCAACAGGGGCAAAUGACACAGCAACAGGGGCAAAUGACACAGCAACAAGGGCAAAUGACACAGCAACAGGGGCAAAUAACACAGCAACAAGGGCAAAUUUUACAGCAGCAAGAACAAACUCUAAGGCCAGACUCUCCAGAGAGGGGUGAUCUCGUAGCUGCUGAUGUCGAGAUCGUUGAUUCUCCGUUCAAAUUCAUCAAUAUCGAAACGCUCCCAACAAAUUCGACGCUAAGGAAUUAUUUAUCACAAGUAGGUUCGAGUGAGAACAGCAACCAGGAAGCAAUAACAUACUCGGUACAAGAGGAGAGUGUCAAAGAAAUAGUAGUUCCUUCAGUGUACAAUUCUCCUAAGAAGAAGCUUCUAGAAACAAACAGUCCUCCUCCUAUACUGAGAAGAAAGCCGAAGAAACUAUUGACGCCCAACCCUAAUGUCCAGAUGCAUGCCAUUUCCCGGUUAGACAGCCGCGAUUUAUCGAGUGGAGUAACGCCAAUAAAAGCUCUCCCCUUCAGUCCAUCGCAGUUUCUCAAUUCACCUGCUGGUAUCUCUUUUGCGCAAUUCGACUCCACGCCUUUGAGGCAUACUACACAUAAGGUUGGUUGAUAUAGAAUUUACAUUUAAAAAAUGUUUUCAAAAUGUACUAUGGUAUAUAUAUAAAGUAGCUCGGUGGCGUAGAGGAUAAGCGCUGCGGCCCGCGAUCGUUGUUGUUAAGCAUUUUUCGCAAGGGUCGGUCACGGGAUGGGUGACCAAAAAAAUAUUAUCUCGAGCUACUUCGUGCUUCGGAAGGCACGUUUAGUCGUUGGUCCCGGCUGCAUAUGCAGUCGUUAAUACUCUCAAAUAGAGGGUUAUGGGCCAUCCUCCUUAACCAUCCAUAAGGAAGGCCUGAGCCCCUGCAGUGGGGACGUAAAAGGGCUGAUGAUGAUGAUGAUGAUGAUGAUGAUGAUGAUGAUGAUGAUGAUGAUGAUGAUAUAUAUACAACGUGUCCCAAAAUUCAACGAUAAGCGGGCGCCAAGAUGUAGA